UAAAGGAAGAAGAAAUGUCUACCUUGUGGUGCACACUAGAAUAGUGUUAAAAGUAAUCUGAAAUCACGCGUUCCCCUUUCGUAAUGAAUAGUUUUCGAAGUUUACUGCUCGAAAUUGGGCAGAAUUUAACACGAGCUGAAUUAACUCAAAUCAAAUUCGCUUGUCAAGACUUCAUUCCCGCUGGAAGGGCUGAAUUCAUCACGCAACCUCAUGAACUCUUCUUGGAAAUGGAAAGGCAGAAUAAACUGUCAGAAAAUAAUACAGAUUUAUUAGCCAAUCUUUUGGAUGGAAUCCAUAGAAAUGAUCUCAAGAACAAGCUUAUGGGAACAGAAGAGGAGAUACCAUUUGUUUGGAGAGAGCCAUUGCCAUUGACAGAAAGAGCUUCACAAGAAAAAGUUACUGCCACAAUGAUCGUUAAAAUAAAACUUGCUGAGAAAAUCAGUACAAAUUGGAAGUUUGUUGGACGUUAUCUUGGUCUGGAAGAUCAUAUUUUACGAAAUAUAGAAGACACUUACAGAAGAACAGAGGAAAGAAGCAUUGAAAUGUUGUCUUCAUGGAGGCAAAGAAGUAGGAACCCCACAGUUGGGUUUUUGAUAGAGGCAUUAAAAAACGCAGGACGGACAGAUCUAGCUGAGCAAGUACAAGAGUAUAUUACAAGUACAUUUCCCCAAAUGGCUGAUCUUGGACRUAAUUUGCCUGAUGGUGGUCGGGCUCCUAGACUCAAUCCUAGACAAACCCAACCAAUAGAGCAUGCAGUCGCUCACRCUCAAGAUGUUGUUUUACCUGACAGAGCAGAAGAACAGAAUCAAGAAAGUAACCCUGUACAAGUGAGUGAAGAAGUUCAAGAAGAAGAUCUCAAAAAACCAGGCAGCKUUUUUGAUGAAACACGUUAUACCAUUGUUGAGCAAAUUGGGUCAGGGGGAUUUGCUAAGGUUUAUUGUGUUCUGGAAAAGGCAACAAAAGAGUUAUUCGCARUAAAGGCAGUGGACUUAGGAAUGAAUGACAGGUCAACACAAGAGAAUGUAAAAGCUUUGGAAAGGGAAAUCAACAUGUUGAAGGCUCUCAGUAACCCAUACAUCGUAAAAUACUACAAAUCAGAAACACUAAAGGACACAUUUGCGCUGUUCAUAGAGUAUAUGCCAGGGGGAUCUAUUUCUGAUAAGGUAUUAAAUGAGGGAAACAUACCAGAAGAAACUGUACGUAAAUAUACCUGGCAACUUUUAAAGGGAAUUGAAUAUCUCCAYGAAAACAAAGUAAUUCAUCGUGAUAUCAAAGGUGCCAAUAUUUUGUUGGACAAGGCUCAUAUUAAACUGAAAUUGACAGACUUUGGGAUUGCAUUUCCUCUGGAGGGAAUUGCUACCAGUACUGGGCACUGUGUAUCGAAUCAUAAUGGGAUGUUGGCAUCUGUGUUCUGGACAAGUCCAGAGCUCCUUUGUUCAGAGAAAUAUUCUUCCAACACAGACAUUUGGAGCCUUGGUUGUACAGUAGUUGAAAUGUUGACAGGAGAUCCGCCAYUAAGAGGAGAUGGUCUUGUGAUUGUCCAAGUUAUGUAUAAAAUAAGCAAUGGUGAUGUGAAGGUACCUGAGCAAUGUUCAAGUAUGGCUCRUGAUUUUCUAGAUCAUUGCUUUCGAAAAAGAGCAGACCGUCCAUCAGCGUCUUCACUUUUGAAUGCWGAUCACUUUGCUUUCCCGCUAUUUUCCGAUGAUUAGUCCGCGUUAUCUUGUGUAGCAAUAGAGCGGAUUUCGUAUGAGUGGGAAACGGACGGUACUGUACUGUGACCGUAAUCGUACUGUAACCAAAUUCUAGUGCCCCAUUGGUUCACCAAAAUUCUGCAGGGCAGGUGCGGUAACUGUGCGGUAACCGUGCGGUAACGGUGUCCCACUCAUACGAAAUCCGCUCUAAUACAACGUUCUAAAUCAAGAAUUUCUGCCAAAGAGGUUAGGUCCUUCUGAGAUUUUCCAAGAUUGCAAGAUGGAGGUUUUUAAAUUCAACACUAUAGGUCAGAGAGAUUUUUAAAAUUCUAGACUCUGAGACGGGUGAAAAUGAAUGGAAAAUGAUGGUCCGAGACCAAAAAUGAGGAAUCGGAGAACAUUUUUCWCAAGGGUUAUCGUUUUUGAAAAUAACUUUCAACAUCCCUUGCAGAUAAGGUGAUCGUUUUCCAGAUUAUAUUCUGGAGAUUAAAUUGCAGUUGUGUGGAGUAAAUUGUAUUGAAGGUUUUAUUGUUUUAAACRGUGCAGCUUGCUCUCUCUUGGCAGGCCCCUAAACACAGCCAAAUAUAUAUGAAKUUUCUUAUAGCACAAUAAAAUGAUGAAAAUGUAUUCUUCACAUAAUGAAGAAAUCUAGAUAUCACAAGUGGCCAUCAUUCCUUUCUUACUAAUGAAUUGUCAGAAACAUUUCAGCUGUGCCAUAUGCAAAGAAAUAUCUAAACGAUAUAAAAACUGUUUUUGGAAAAUAAAUAGGACGGUUUGCUUAGUAGACAAGAAAGUCGGGUUGUUUUAGAAAAACUAUUAGAAAUUUGUCAUCCGGUUUGCCCUGUAAAUUGCAAUUAGAUUUAAUAAUUGAAAUAAAAUUUGKUAUCAAGGAA